CAGCGGCGCGCGCGCGACUGUUGAGUCUGUUGACGCCGCGCCGACCGCGCGACGCGACUCGGAGUCGGAAUAGUCGGAUUAUUCUCCCCCUUCGGCGUGCGUUCGGCGUUCGUCGCUCCCAUAGAAUGGACACUCGCCGUCGUAACGACGGCGUUGUCAGCGGCGCGGUGCGCGCAUCGAUCAACCCGUGAGGGAGCGAGGACGACCCUCGCUGUAACUGCCUGUAACCGAAGCGUGGACACCGGAGACGAGACACGAGUUCAGCGAGAGCUCGCUCGAAAGAAUUGCCGCUCACCCCCACCCCCCAGGCUGUCGUCGAAUCUCCGCGUUCAGUUUCCGCGUCGCGUUAUCGAUAACGGAUAUACGACGUAACUAUCGAGGGAAGGAGGGGAGGUAUGGAUAUUCGCCGCCGCUCUCGUCCCCGUGCAAUGGCAGACGCGGCCGCGGACCGGCCGCGACGGGCGAGCCGGCUGAAGUAAGCGGCGGUGUCUCUCGGAGCGAAGUGAUCCGACGGCCGGCACGUAUAUAUCGGCGUGUGUGCGUGUGCGCGCGCGGCCGCGCGUGAACGCGGCGCCAAAGUAUAUUCGCGGAGUGUGUGGUGCGACGAGAUAAAAGAAAAGAGAAAGGAAAAGAAACGUAAACGUCUGUCUGUCCAUCCGUCCUUCGUCCGUCAGCGUGGCGUCGAAGAAAGAAAAAAAAAAGGAGAUCGACCGUCGUUAACGAGAUCGUCGUCGUAACGGCCGUGACGGGCCCGAUGACGCGUGAGUGUUGAUCGGCGUCCUGAGUGUUGAUCUGGGUGCCUUGAUCCUUCAACUUGAACCUUCCCUCCCCUUCUUCUCUCCCAAUCUUCAGUUCGGUUGUGUGUGCGUUUCAACGUGCGAUUGCGUGCAAUCUCUCGGACAGCACGACGGAGAAGAAAAAGGGUACGACGCGCGACGGGGGCAGCCCUCGGAUAUAUUAAUGAAGAUGUGCCGCGGAUUGAUCGAUCGGUUGCUCCUGCUAGCGGCGUUCGGCAUUACAGUCCAAGGACAGCUGAAAUGUCCACGGAUAACCGAGCACCCGUCCGACAUAAUAGUCGCGAAAAAUGAGCCGGUGACGUUGAACUGCAAGGCGGAGGGUAAGCCCGAACCGGUGAUAGAGUGGUACAAGGACGGUGAGCUCGUGCAGACGUCGCCGGGGGACGCCAAGUCACAUCGGGUCCUGCUGCCUACGGGAUCCCUGUUCUUUCUGCGGGUGAUGCACGGCAAGAAGGAGCAGGAUGGUGGUGUAUAUUGGUGCGUCGCGCGGAAUAAGGCUGGAUCCGUCCCGAGUAGGAACGCCACUCUCACAGUCGCAGUGCUGCGGGAUGAGUUUCGCGCGGAGCCACAGAACACGAGGGUCGCCGCCGGGGAGACGGCUUUGCUGGAGUGCGGACCGCCUCGCGGCCAUCCGGAACCAACCCUCCAUUGGAAGAGGAACGGUCACAUAAUAGACCUGGAAGCGACAAAACGGAUAACCCUCGUGGACGGGGGUAACCUAAUGAUAUCUGACGUGAGGCCAGCCGAUCAUGGCAAAUACCAGUGCAUCGCCGAAAACAUGGUCGGCACUAAGGAGUCUGCGGUAGCGAUCCUCACAGUUCAUGUGAAGCCAUACUUCCUGGCUAUGCCGUCGAACCAAACGAUUCUCGUGGAACAGACGGCGGAGUUCGCCUGCAGGGUGGGUGGCGACCCGGAGCCGGAGAUCUUGUGGCGUCGAAACGACGGCAAGAUGCCGAUAGGCCGGGCGCACAUUCUCAAUGACAAAAGUUUACACAUCGAGCGGGUGAACCCCCAGGACCAGGGGACGUACAUCUGCGACGCGGAGAACGGCGUCGGUGCGAUAUCAGCGAGCGCCACUCUUACCGUGCACUCGAGGCCGGUAUUCACCAACUUCCCCAAAGACGAAACGGUAAAUGCCGGCACCGACGUCACCUUCUCAUGCGCCGCGCGGGGUGCUCCGAAACCAUCGAUAUUUUGGACCCGGGAGGGUUCUCAGGAACUAAUGUUCCCCGGCCACACGUAUCAAAGCCACUACACCAUCACGGAAGACGGAAGUCUGAGUAUCAAGGGCGCCGUCAGAAAGGACGAGGGCCACUACGUGUGCAGCGCCAUUAGUCAGGCCGGCGCCAGCACCGCCACCGUAUUUCUUCAGGUGACGUCCGUCGAGGAGACUCCACCACCCAUAAUCGAGCUGGGCCCGGCGAAUCAGACCCUGCCGCUGAAAAGUGUCGCCUCGUUGCCGUGCCGUGCGGUCGGUACACCCACGCCGCGAGUUCACUGGCACAAGGAAGGUGUACUCGUGCGACCAGGCGGCCGCAUCACGAUGGCCAUCAACGGCACGUUAUUCAUCGAUGACCUGCAUGCCAAUGAUUCCGGCCUAUACACCUGUAUCGCCUCGUCGGAAUCCGGCAACACCUCCUGGUCGGCGUACCUGACCAUCAGUACCGGUGCCAGCUUUCAUCGGACGCCCGACGUGUCGGCGUUGCCGCAGAAUCCGAGUAAGCCGCGGAUAGUAAAUGCCACCAGCAACUCCGUCACCCUGACGUGGAGCCCAGGCCAUGAGGGUCAAAGCAAGAUCAUUGGCUACAACAUCGAGUACUACAGCAGCAACCUGAACACCGGCUGGGUAGUGGCAGCCACGGGUGUUCUCGACGACAUCUACACGGUGACAGAUUUAAGGCCGGAGACCAAUUACGUUUUCCUAGUACGAGCGGAAAAUAGCCAGGGGCUCUCGCUGCCCGGACCACUGUCGGACAUCGUACAAACUACUAACGUAAAUCAGCAUACGGUACCGCAAGUGGAACUGACUCGUGCCAGGGAUCGGCUGAACAGCGAGAUUUUACAUCUCAAAGAGGUGCAACCGUUGACCAGUACCAGCGUGAAGAUCAUGUGGGACAUUCUCGGCGCGGCAGAUUUAGUAGAGGGUCUUUAUAUACGAUAUCGCGAGGUUUCCGAGAAACCGGAAUAUCAGAUGGUUACGGUGCUCAACGCUGGCGCUACCAGUUACGUGCUGACUAAUCUGAAAAAGUAUACGCGUUACGAAUUCUUCCUGGUUCCCUUCUACAAGAUAAUCGAAGGUCGACCGAGCAACGUGAAACUGGUCACCACAUUGGAGGACAUGCCCUCGGGCGCUCCCGAGAACGUUCACGUGGGGAUGAUAAAUAUGACCUCGGCGUUCGUUCGGUGGUCACCGCCGCCAAAAAAUACUCAGAACGGUCAAUUGAUUGGUUACAAGAUUCAGAUCAAGAGCAACAGCAGCAACAAGAUCCUGGGUCAAAUGUCCCUGAACGCGUCCACCACGUCGGUGAUCAUCAACAGCCUGACUACUGGCGGUUUAUACACGGCUCGCGUCGCUGGACAAACCCGGAUCGGACUGGGUCCUUUUUCUAGUCCGACUCUGUUAAACAUGGAUCCUGGACAGCUGACGCAAUUACCGCCGCGUACCGAUCCCAGCCACGGAGGUGCGUCCGUUGUCAGAGAAACGUGGUUCCUUGUGCUGAUAAUAACGAUGAUAUUCACCAUUAUCGCCGUGCUGCUGGCCGCCCUAUACGUAAGACGCAGGCAAGCGAUGAGCAAGCAACUGGGUCACUUAAAUGUACCCGUGGGUACCGCAAACGAUAUCUGUCAAUUGAAUAAAGACACGCUCUGGCUGGAACGAGGUUGGCGGCCAACCAAUACCCUCCAGGCUGCCAACGAUAAGGAUUGCGAGACCAAGUUACUCAAUAAUCAGCAUAUGCUGGCGGCCGGUAUAAUGGGCAUGACCGGCUCGGAGUAUGCUGAAGUAAAUCUGACGACGUUCUACAACACACGCAAGCAAAUGCAAGCGCCACCACCGGAGCCGUACGCGACCACGACCCUGUGCGUGGGCAGCCGUAACUCAGACUCGAUCGAGACCAGCUGCCAGAAGUCAAACUCCAGCGAUUCGUGUCUGAAACCGGAUUACUCAAGCCUGGACUCGAAUCAGGAUCCCAACAAGUCUACGGUGUCACCAAGCAGUGACAACAUGAGCGGUGGGGAUGCCGCCUACGCGGACGAGAAUCUGGACAUGCAAAGGAGACAGUAUAGAAUAACAGGCCCUGCAGGCGACGCGCCACAAACCGGUAUGCCGAUGCCUAACUGGUGCGACAUGUUGCCGCCGCCGCCUGAACAUCCACCUCCUCUUGGCACAUCCGUAGCCACUGGUCGGAUGCAGCAGCAGCAGCAGCAUCAGUUGCAACAUUCGCACCAACAGCAACAGCAACAAGUGCCGUUCAGUCCACAUCUCGGCAAGAGAAGUAUUCAGAACGAUCUAGAUCACUGUGGUGGCUCAGGUGCCGUUUCGUGCAAUCCGCAGAGUCCACCUACUCCGCCUAUCAGAGUAACCAAUAGCUUCAGCCCAUCGCCAACACCCUGGAGUAGCAGCGGACAGAGUCAACACUCGGAGACCGGUGCUCUCCAGGUGCCUGGCAACCUUCAAGUUCCGCAGGGCAGGUACACUACGCUACCACCGCAAACUAAUCCGCCACCAUUGCCCUCGUUCCCGCAGGGUUUCAAUCACUACGAUUACAAAAACCAGGAGAAUGAAUACGAGAGUGGCUCUGUAAUUUAUGGUCAUCACCAGAACGGUCUGCCAGACGAUUACGGCGCGCGCGGUGAUCCCGCAUUUGCUCGUUCCAACAAUCAACAGUCCCAUUUAACCCCGUCCGCCAUGAACGAGGAGAUGUAUCGGCACAGAGACGAAAUGUUCCACAACGACAACCUCUAUCAGCCCGAGAAUGACGAGUGGGACAGGAAAUCAUGCGACUCCAACACGCACUCGGACGCAUGUUGCUCGUGCUCGGAAUCGAGCUGCCUCUACGCUGACACCGUGCAAUACAACGCGCAGCAGUACAGUACGGCAUGCGGUCACAGUAGUAGCAGAACGGGUUCCCGAAGCAGGAGUAACAGGAGUCCGCGAAGAAGAAACAGAACGUCCUCGCCCACGUACAGUAGCGACAGCAAUUACUCCUGCAUCCCUCAGAGGCAAUGCGGAAGUACGAAUUCACAGGAGAGACUGAGGCAUAAUCGUAGUAAAGACAAGCUGCCUAAUUUGUCAAGGACGGGCAAUUACAGCCAACACAAUUCUUCGGCCUCUAAUACGAUGAGUAGUACGGGCAGUCAGCGAUACAAUAAGCUAAAUAGUAUCUUUGCAAGCGGCAAUAACCCGAACGCUCCGACGGAGUCUAGUCGACUGGGUGAUCACCGUGAAAGCUAAAUACUACCUGGACGUAGUAAAUACAGGACGUGCCUGAACAAACGGCCUUCGAUCACAACGAACGAUCGUACUCUCGAUUACGGGAGGCCGUUUCGCAAUCAGCAAUGUCGUGGUAGUUCGUCGGUUCGAUUGAGCGCGUCGUAUAUAUAAUAAAAGAUACAUCAUUAGCGUCUCGCAGGGUUGCUAUAUUUCUAUAUAUACUUGACGCAAAACGCUACCGCGUUUCUUUCAACGGCCCACACGCUGGAAAGCUACAUCGAUUUGAUUUGUUGAUUAUACACAAGCUCGGUGACAAUGAAACAGAGUGAAUCUCGUACUUUCUCUGUGUUAUAUAAUAUCAA